UCCUUUCUUUCAGUUAUUGAACGAAAGUCAUCAUCUUUCAUGAACAAACCUUCUACAGAUUCGCACUUAUCAGAUCCUCGAGCAUCCUGAUCCCAAUUCAAUUUCUCCUCCCUAGGGCUUCCCAAAUCCCUCAUCCCUCUUCCUCCGGUACGUCAAUUAUCAAGAUUCGAUCCCACAUCAAUCUCUCAAAUCCCUAAAGUUACACACAAACAAUGGCAGAGACUAUGGAGGCGGAGAUGGACUUCUCAGACGGUGAGCAAACCAACAGAGCUUCUCUCGUGGCUCUCUACGGCAACUCGUCCGUUGUUGAACAGCACCUCCCUGGCUACAUCUUCAUGUGUAACGGAAGAACCAAACCGGAUUGCUUCCGUUACCGAGUCUUCGGGAUCCCGAGAGGUGGGAAAGGAGUUGUCGAGCGGAUCAAACCGGGGAUGAAGCUGUUUCUUUACGACUUUGAGAAGAGGCUUCUCUAUGGUGUGUAUGAGGCUAGUGUUGGUGGGAAGAUGGAUAUUGAGCCUGAUGCUUUUGAUAAGAUGUAUCCUGCUCAGGUUGGGUUUAGGAUUGUUGAGAAUUGUUAUCCUUUGCCGGAGAGUACUUUUAAGUCUGCUAUCUAUGAGAAUUACAAAGGGGGAAAGUUUAAUCAAGAGCUUGCUCCUCACCAAGUGAUGUCUUUGUUAUCAUUGUUUCGUUCAUUUGCUGCUCCACAACUCGAUGCAUUACCUCAUAGAUUCGCUUCUGGAGCCUCAGCAUCAUCCAGGGAGCUAUCUUUCGAGGAACGGUUCAUUGCUGCUACACAACUUAAGAAAGCUUCGUCAGUUUUAGAUCCUUUGUCUGCUCGCUCACAUCUGUUUAAUCAUAGUUACUCCAGACAAGAUGGCGGCUACACAACCCCAGUGAGAGAAAGAGGAUAUCUCUCAAACUUGGAUCAGCCUUAUUCUCCUGCAGAAAGUCAGCAGCAACGGUUGAUAGGAGACCCUUCACGCUCAUCUAUACAAGACCCUCAGCUCAAAUACCUUACCAUUUUAUCUAAUAUCCGGAGAUAUGGAAGUGCACCAGAGCCCUUGUCCUCGGAAAAUGAAUAUCAUCCGGAAGCACCAUCGGAGAAGGAUCAAUUUGCUGCACCUUAUUAUGAUAAGAAGUAUUACCUUUCGACAUUACCUGGGAAUGAGCACUUGUCUGCGUCUGCAGCUAACGGGAGUGUUUAUAGAAGCGAGCUCUAUGCUUCAGCAUCACAAAACGAAAGGGAAGCUAGUCAGCAGCAUGAGACCCUUGCUGGGACUUAUUAUCACCCAGAAGCAUCUACAGCUCCGAAUACCACAGCGUCCAUGCAGGCAGUUAAUGCUGCAACAGCUGGCUAUCCUACACCGGCACAUGGUGAAGUCCCACAAGUAGCAACUGAUUACGCAUACAAACCUCAGACCGUAACGGGUAAUUACACCACCACUCAUUCACAGCCUGGGAGUGUGGGAGAAAGUACAGAAUCAUAUGCUGGAGCAGUUAGUUAUCCACCACAGCAACAUAGUCAACUCUAUACUGGUGGACCUGGAUAUACUCAACAACCCCAUGAAACUGCGUACGCUCAUCAACCCUAUUCUGCAGCAACUGCGUACGCUCAGCAAAACCAUGCUGCUUCAACUGGGUACGCUCAGCAACCCCAUGCUGCAACAACUGGGUAUGCUCAGCAACCCCAAGAUGCAGCUGCUGGAUACGCUCAACAACCCCAUGCUGCAACAACUGGAUACGCUCAGCAAUCCUAUGAUGCAGCAACUGGAUACGCUCAACAACUCCAAGAUGUAGCAACUGGAUACGGUCAGCAACCCCAUGCUGCAGCAACUGGAUACGCUCAGCAACCCUAUGCUGCAACAACUGGAUACGCUCAGCAACCCCAAGAUGCAGCAGCUGGGUACGCUCAACAACCGUAUGGUCAAGCUGUUGGAUACACAACGCAAUAUGGUGCCCAGGCUGUUGGAUACACGCCUCAAUACAGUGCUCAUGCUGGUGCAUACAGUCAACAAGCUGUGGCGCAAGGUUCUGUGCCAGGGGCUCCCAGGACAACUGAUUGGAAUGCUGCAAGCCAGGCAUAUGCUGCAACAGGAGACUGGAAUGCGGUGAAUCAGUCUUACUACCAUCACACAGCGGAUACAACCACAACCUAUAAUCAAACAUCUUACUUUGCAGGAUCUGGAAAACUUGUGAGCGUGGUGGAGAAGCAUGGAUGUGAUCUAGUGCACUCACUGGAAAGAAUGGAACAAAGACAUAAAAGAAUGGGUAACUGCUUCUCCGAAGAUGUCUCCUCGGGACCUGGUGCUACAGCCAGCGUUAGUGGAGCUGCUUCCUCCUCCUCCGCUCUCGCCACUACAAACGACGCCGUUGAUUACUAUCUCAAGUCUCGUGGUUACAACGGUCUCUUCUCUCAGAUCGAGUUAUCUUUUUCUGCUACUAAUUUGCGAGACCGUGACGUGCUCUCCAAGAGUGAUCCUAUGGUGGUUGUCUAUAAGAAGGAAAAAGAUGAGACACUCUCCGAAGUGUUUCGCUCUGAAGUUGUUUUGAACUCUUUAGCUCCUAAAUGGAUUAAGAAGUUUACACUCGCUUACCAUUUCGAGACUGUGCAGACAUUGUUGUUUCGUCUGUAUGAUGUUGACACUCAGUAUCAAAACUCAAGAGAGGAGAUGCUUAAGCUUGAUGAUCAGCAGUUUCUCGGUGAGGCAACAUGUGCAUUGUCUGAGAUAGUCACAAAAUCAACUAGGACGAUUACAUUGGAGCUAAAGCGUAAAGAAGGCUUUGCUGCACAGUCUCAGCCUCACCAUGGAAAGCUCAUCGUUCAUGCUGAGGAGUGCCUUGCUUCUAAGAUUACAACAGAGAUAGUAUUCAGAUGUUCGAGUUUGGAAUCUAAAGAUCUUUUCUCAAAAAGUGAUCCCUUUCUGGUGGUAUCAAAGAUUGUGGAGCACGGAACUCCAAUCCCAGUGUCUAAAACUGAAGUCAUGAAGAACAAUCUUAACCCUAUUUGGAAACCACUCUUCCUAAGUGUUCAACAAGUCGGUAGUAAGGACAGUCCACUGAUAAUAGAGUGCUCAGACUUCAAUUCCAAUGGCAAACACAGUCUGAUCGGAAAAGUUCAAAAAUCGCUUGCAGACUUGGAGAAACUUCAUUUGGCUGGCCAAGGAAUCAAUUUAUCUCUGCCUACAGGUGCUGGACAAAACAAGGUAUUAAAGAGCCAGCUUUUUGUGGAGAAGUUCACAGAGACUGUCCAGCACACGUUCCUUGAAUACUUGGCUUCCGGGUUUGAACUAAGCUUCAUGGUAGCAAUCGAUUUCACAGCUUCAAAUGGCAAUCCACGCCUCCCUGAUUCCUUGCACUACGUUGAUCCUUCAGGACAUUUAAAUGCCUACCAGAGAGCAAUAGUGGAACUGGGAGAAGUGUUGCAGUUUUAUGACUCGGAUAAACGCUUCCCUGCCUGGGGAUUUGGAGCUCGUCCAAUAGAUGGUCCAGUUUCACAUUGCUUUAACCUCAACGGUAGCAGUUCAUACUGUGAGGUGGAUGGGAUUCAAGGAAUCCUGACUUCAUACACAAGUGCGCUCUUCAACGUCUCUUUGGCAGGUCCUACCCUCUUUGGUCCGGUGAUAAACUCCGCUGCUAUGACAGCUAGCCAGUCUCUAGCUCAAGGCUCACGGAGAUACUACGUCUUACUAAUCAUCACAGAUGGUGUUAUAACAGAUCUUCAAGAAACAAAAGAUGCCUUAGUCAGUGCAUCUGAUUUGCCGUUAUCAAUCCUCAUUGUAGGAGUUGGAGGAGCUGAUUUUAAAGAGAUGGAGAUACUAGAUGCUGAUAGAGGAGACAGGUUGGAGAGCUCGACAGGGCGAUUAGCUUCACGAGAUAUCGUUCAGUUUGUGGCAUUACGAGAUGUGCAACAUGGAGAGAUCUCUGUAGUACAAGCGCUUCUUGCAGAACUACCUUCACAGUUUUUGACGUAUAUGAGAAUCCGUAACAUGAAGCCAGGUCCUCCGUGAAUGAUGGAUCGUAUGUGUAAAUGUUUUGCCAAAGAAGUGUACAUAGUCAUAUAUACUUACAUUGGCUUUUUUUCUAUUUCAUGUUAUUAUGUGUUUCUUUUCCUUUUCGGAAUAUUGGAUGUAAAAAGUUUCGGAUGAAGCAAUUGGUAAUACAUCUCAUGUGUGCAUC